UAGGCUAAACGAAAAGAAGAAAACAAAUCUGGUUUCGAGGAGUUGUAUCCGUGGUGAACCCCCGAGAGUGUGCGGCAACAUUCAUGCAGUGACAUGCUGGUGCUCGCGCUCGCGCUGCGGGACCGUCCCUCGCGCACCUGUCCAGGACGGCCCCGGUGGACACAGAUGGAUACAAGACUGAGCAGCCAUCAGCACUGCGGUCAAGCCGGCCUCCACUUCGAAAGACAGUCAAUCAGCUGAUGUCUGAAACACGUUCCCCCGUCUUGCAGAUGUUAGAGAUGAAAAUACGGAGGCUGCGUACUCGAGGAGGUCACUGUAUGGACUGUAUCCGUCCAGCAUGAUUGGCAUGGCGAACCUGGGUGAUCCAUCAGGUAACUGGGAUAUAGUGGAGACCAUUGGUAAAGGAACCUAUGGGAAAGUCUACAGAGUGACCAGCAGGAAGGACGGGAGUCAGGCAGCAGUGAAAGUCCUGGACCCGAUCAAUCAUGCAAGCCAUUCAAACCGAGAUGUGGACGAGGAAAUUGAGGCAGAAUACAACAUCUUGAGGUCCCUGUCCAACCACCCGAAUGUGGUGAAGUUUUUUGGCAUGUUCUACAAGACAGACAACUUAUCAGGUGGACAACUGUGGCUGGUCCUUGAGCUGUGCAACGGCGGCUCUGUCACCGAGCUCAUCAAAGGCCUGCUCAUGCGAGGCCAGAGUCUGCAGGAGCCUGUUAUCGCAUACAUCUUGUGCAGCGCGCUCUUGGGUCUUCAGCAUUUGCACAGCAACCGAAUUAUCCAUCGUGACGUCAAAGGAAACAACAUCCUCCUGACAACUGAGGGAGGAGUCAAACUGGUUGACUUUGGUGUUUCGGCUCAACUGACCAGUGCACGAUUGCGGAGGAACACAUCAGUCGGGACUCCGUUUUGGAUGGCUCCUGAGGUCAUAGCCUGUGAACAGCAGUAUGACUACUCCUACGAUGCCCGCUGUGACGUGUGGUCGCUCGGCAUCACCGCCAUCGAGCUGGCAGAUGGAGACCCCCCGCUGGCUGAGAUGCAUCCAGUCAAAGCCCUCUUCAAGAUCCCACGAAACCCUUCCCCUACAUUACGAAAUCCAGAGCAGUGGUGCAGAAGUUUUUGCCAUUUCAUCGGCCAGUGUCUGAUAAAAGAUUUUGAAGCACGUCCAUCUGUGACCCACCUCCUGGAGCAUCCCUUCAUCAAGCAGGCCCACGGUAAGGACAUGGCACUACGGCAGCAGUUAGCUGCUCUCAUCCAGGAGCAGCAAGAACUUGGCUGCAUAACCAGGACCAAGCACGAGCGGAUCAAUACUCGUAAAACCCUCAUAAUAGAGCGCUGUCCCGAUGAUGAUCUGGUGAACUUGGAGUUCUUAGAUGAGGAGAUGAUAAUCAGCCGUCUCCAGAAGAGAUAUGAUGAGCUGCAGGUGUACACUUAUGUUGGUGACAUCCUCAUUGCUCUCAACCCUUUCCAGAAUCUUAGCAUCUACUCUCCGCAGUUUUCUAAACUGUACCAUGGUGUGAAGCGGGCCGACAACCCUCCACACAUCUUUGCUACGGCAGAUGCAGCCUACCGAGGCAUGGUGACGUUCUGCAAAGACCAGUGUAUCAUAAUCAGUGGGGAGAGCGGUGCCGGGAAAACAGAGAGCGCUCAUUUGAUUGUCCAACAUCUUACCUUCUUGGGAAAGGCAAACAAUCGGACGCUGCGUGAGAAGAUCUUGCAGGUGAACCCCCUUGUAGAAGCCUUCGGAAACGCCUGCACAGCCAUAAAUGACAACUCCAGCCGCUUCGGCAAAUACCUGGAGAUGAAGUUCACACCCACUGGAGCGGUCAUCGGGGCCAAGAUAUCCGAGUACCUGCUGGAGAAGUCGAGGGUCAUCAAACAAGCUAUGGGGGAGAAAAACUUCCACAUAUUCUAUUACAUAUAUGCCGGGCUUUACCACCAAGACAAGCUGAAGACUUACAGGCUGCCAGACAGAACACCUCCCAGGUAUAUUGACAGCCCGCACUGCAAAGUGAUGCAAGACAUCGUCUCCAGCAAACUGUACACGGAGCAGUUUGACGCCAUUCAGGAGUGCUUCAGAAAUAUCGGCUUUACUGAAGAGGAGGUCAACUCUGUUUACAGAAUUCUCUCAGCCAUUUUGAACACCGGCAAUAUUGAAUUUGCUUCCAUCGCAUCCCAACACCAGACUGAUAAGAGCGAAGUGCCUAAUUCAGAGUCCUUAGAGAACGCUGCCUCUCUCCUCUGCAUCGGCCCAGAGGAGCUCCAGGAGGCGCUGACCUCUCAGUGCGUGGUCACCAGGGGCGAGACCAUCAUCCGCACCAACACCGUGGACAAAGCCGCCGACGUCCGGGACGCCAUGUCCAAGGCCUUGUACGGACGCCUCUUCAGCUGGAUCGUCAACCGCAUCAACACCCUGCUGCAGCCCGACAUGAAUAUCUGUGCCACAGAGAGCAGCAUGAAUGUGGGAAUCCUGGACAUCUUUGGAUUUGAAAACUUCAAGAAUAAUUCAUUUGAGCAGUUGUGCAUCAACAUCGCAAACGAGCAGAUUCAGUUUUACUUCAACCAGCACAUAUUCGCCCUGGAACAGAUGGAAUACCAGAGUGAGGGGGUGGAUGCCAGCCUGGUGGAGUAUCAGGACAACAGGCCCAUCCUGGACAUGUUCCUGCAGAAGCCCAUGGGCCUGCUGUCCUUAAUGGACGAGGAGAGCCGCUUCCCUCAGGCCACCGACCAGACCCUAGUGGAUAAAUUCGAGGACAAUUUGCGCUGCAAGUACUUCUGGAUACCGAAACGUGUGGAGCUUUGUUUUGGGAUUCAGCAUUACGCAGGAAAGGUCAUGUACAACGUGGAUGGUUUCUUGGAGAAGAACAGAGACACUCUUCCUGCCGACAUCGUUGUAGUUCUGAGAACGUCAGAGAACAAACUCCUGCAGCAGCUGUUCUCCAGCCCCUUAACUAAAACAGGAAACCUGGCGACGUGCAGAGCGCGGGUCACCGCCGCCUCCAGAUCGCUGCCGGCGCAGCUCGGGUCAGGACGCACCAAGUCUCCCAAAUACCUAUUGAAGGUGGACACCAUGGAGAUGAUGCGUAACCCAGAAGAAACCACCAACAUGAGGAGACAGACUGUAGCCUCCUAUUUCCGUUACUCCCUCAUGGACCUGCUGUCUAAGAUGGUGGUGGGUCAGCCACACUUUGUGCGCUGCAUCAAACCCAACGAUGACAGGCAGCCGCUGCGCUUCUGCAAGGAGAGGGUGAUGGUGCAGCUGCGCUACACCGGGAUCCUGGAGACUGUGAACAUCCGUCGGCAGGGCUACUCCCACCGCAUCCUGUUUGAAGAGUUUGUCAACAGAUAUUACUACCUGGCAUUUCGGGCUCACCAGAUGCCAAAGACCAACACGGAGAACGUUGUUGCAAUCCUGGAGCGGGCCAAACUGGAAUCCUGGAUGCUCGGGAAGACAAAGGUGUUCCUGAAGUACCACCACGUGGAGCAGCUGAACCUGCUGCUGAGGGAGGUGAUCGCUCGGGUGGUGGUGAUGCAAGCGUACACUAAAGGCUGGCUUGGCGUCCGACGUUACCGAAAACAGAAGAAGAAGAGAAACCGCGGGGCCAUCAUCAUCCAGGCAGCCUGGAGGGGCCAUGUCGCUCGGCAGAACCUCAAGCAGAUAAAAAAAGAGCGGCUAGAGGCCGCAAUCUGCAUUCAGUCAGUUUACAGGGGCCAUCGUUUGCGUCAGUGCCAUGGACCUCAAAGACACCCUGAGGCUGGAGGAAAGACCACCAAGGAGGAGCAUAUGGGGUCUAACUGCAACAAGGAACACAUCCAUAGAGGAAAUGUCGACCUCGACAGCCUCGACAGACAAGUGAAAGACAUCAAGAGAGACAAAGGCAGAGCUGAAGACAGUGUUACCAAGCCUUGCAGGGAGACAGCGAGGCUGCGAGACAUGCAGUGUAAACAAGGUCCAGUGAUGAAGCUGCAGCAAAGAACUCCUCGCCGGCGGGGCCAGCAGCCCAAGCUGCUCAACAGCCCUGAAGACAGCCUGUACUACAACCAGCUAAAUAGAACUCUGGAUUACCAGGGGAGCAAGAGGAAGCCGAGAAAACUUGGUCAAAUCAAAGUGCUGGAUGGAGAAGAUGAGUACUACAAAUUACUGUCAACUGUGGAGUCAAUCCCUGAGGAAGAGUACGUGACCGGCCUCCCCCCCUCCCACCCUUUCUAGUGGGCCUCUCGUCAGUCAGAGCUGAGCCUCACAACCAUGUCAACCGGUAAGACAGACGCAGCAGACAUGUCGACAGACACUCCAAAGAACAUCCGUCGUGUUAGAAGUGCCGUGGCAUGUGGAGCAAGUAGCAGCAGGGCAGAAUAGUUGACCUGUGCAGGCGAUGCCCUCAGCUGGGAAUCCAAAAUGGUCAGAAAGUAUUGACAGGAACAACUUAAUCAUGAAGUUAUAUUAUUACAACAGCAUUGUGCUAUUUUCUGUUUAGUAAGCCACCUUUUUUUGCCAUAAUGCCUGAAUGUAGUUAGAGAUGUUAAAACUAUCAAGAAGAGGGGAAGAAGACACCAAACGCUGUCCUAGUCCUGUGCUUGACUUGCUGCAGUUGUGCCUCUCUCAAUGUGGCAAAAACGUGUACGAAUAUUAUGGUGUUUGUCAUUUUACCAGCUGCAUUUUAAAAAACAUGCCCUUCAUAAGAAAUGAUCAUUCAGCUUACAACAAACUGCUGUGAAAUGGUACAGAUGUUGCAUCAAUAAAUGAAGGCAUGAAAAUACACGUAACACAAAUAAUACAUCAUCAUGUGGUGCGCUGGGGAGGAGGGGAGAGUUGGAAUGAAAAGCAUUUUGCAAAGUCACAUUGAAACACUUAAACGCUGCGUAUGCCAGGGCUGCAAGACAAAUGUAACCGACUCUUAUUAUCCAUGUAUCUGCUAAUUAUAUAUUCAUUGAUUCUUCUCUUUUAAAUGUUGAAAAUAAUGACAAAUACCUGAAACAAAAGAAAUGUCUUCAAAUGGUUUCUUUUGACCGCGUGUUGGAGCAUCAGUAAAAAAGAAAAAGAAAUCACGUGCCCGUUCGGGGCGUGGCUGUUUGGAACGGGCGAGUUACUCGGCUGCAAGUUUGUAAAAAUGCUUCCUGAUGGUCGGAGUCAUAACCUGAUUGGUUAGGGUGAGCGAGUGAAAGAAUCUCAGGGGAAGCCAAUCGGAGGAAGAGGAGCUUGAGUCAUGCCUUUGCUAUCCGAGGAUUAACAUAGGCGAAGCAAAAGGGAAGCAUUUGAUGUUUAUUGUUUUUGUAUCAGUUGAAUAAAUGACAACAAUAACUUCGAA